GAUGACUCAGCGGGUUUCUGCUCAGGCCCACCGCCAAGCGUGGAGGGGAGGACAAAGAUGAGACAGUACAUCUACCCUCUAACAGUCGUAUAGCUUCCACCGGUCUUGAUGCUUUCAUGCUGCCGGUCUGUGUGUGGCAGACUCUCUUUCAACAAGGUGAAUUUCAUGAGUGCGUCUAAAGCAGAGUACACUUGCCAAUGGGCCCGUCCGCAAAAUCGCCUUUCUCUGUCUAUCCCAGCAAAAAGAAUGUCUACUCUCAUUCCCGUCCUUGCUCUACACCUGUUGCACGCGGUAGCUGAGCAGGAAACCUCGGCGCAGUCGCUCUCAACGCGUAUCCUACAUGAGUACUCUCAUGUGGCCCACUAGUCGCUUGUCAAGACCUUGUCCAUAAUAUACGGCUAGACCAAGGACCCGUUCUGGUGGGAGGUGGUCCUUUUCGAAUCUCACGGUGGUUUGGCAUUCGACCACCAGUGGUAUGGGUGUUAAAGAU